UGUAUAUAUAAAUAAAAUGUAUUAUUAUUUAGCCUACUUUGCCUUAAAAGUGAGCAGAGGGAAUUCAUUUCCCCUAAAGAUUCAUUUAAAACCCUUAUUCACAAUGCGAGAAUACGGUUUACAACCAUAUGCACAAAUCUCUAUAAGCUGUGUCUAACUCUAAAUAUUUUACAAUUAAUGUUCAUGCAGAACAAGAAUGGACAAAAAAGAUCCUGGCAACAGGUCAAGAUAAAAAAUAAAAACAUUUUGCAGGCUGGUAAGAGCCUUAACAGUUUGCAAAUGGGUCAUUGUUUCACUGCUCCUCCCCAAAUAGAAAAGAACCUUGUUUCUGUUCUAGUUAUUUUGAGUUCAUAGGGCUCUUAGCUCUCUUAGGUGGCGUGUUAGCAAUACUUAUUUAACCUCGGCCGCUGGAAGAUACACUAGGGUAUUUUUACUUUUAGCUCAGUAGCAGAUCUGAAUAGUCUUACACCACCAAGUAAUAUUUAAAAGAAAUGAAGGUCAGCGGAUUGGUAUUGACCGCUUUUCAAAAAGAAAUCCCACAGACUGCUGUUUGCGCGACUGAAAAUGAUUUGCUCAGCCUUUAUUCUGUUACAAAACUGCAUCAUAUGAUUUUUAGGGAACUGCUAAAUAGUGUCAAUGUCACGUUUGACAUGAACAGUUUCCUUAAAAAUCUCAAAUACGCAAGGCAAACAUGUUUCUCUGUUCUUGCCAUUCCUUGUGGCUUUCUUAAUCACCUUAAAUACUCAGUUAUUGGCUGUUCGCUGUUAUUAAAGUAGGUGAAUAAAAUAGGUGACUUGCUAUUAUUAGUCAGAAUCAUUUAACGCAUGGUACUAUUUCCCAAGUGAGUCAUAUUAUCUUUUAACUUAUAACUGUGAAUUUUUUUGGUUUGGAUGCAUGUCAGGAUUGUGACUCAUUCUGCAUUUGGCUUUUGAAUUGGUCAAUAAAAGUAUCUCUUGUAACGGAAGUAUUGCUAAUAUUUUGCAACUCUGGCCAAAUGGUUAAGACGCACCCUUGGUUCAGUGAUGUCAGCUGGUGGUUUUGUCUCUUGGUGUGGUUGUAUGAAGGGGAUCUCCUUUGUGAAAUAGCAGCAUUAUACUUAGCUGCUGUAAGACUUAAUAUUAUUUACUUACCAGAUAUUUAUGUGGUUGUUGUGACUUCUGUGAAUAUGUUGAACCGCUUUAACAGCUGAAAGUGGUCUCACCCAAAAUAAAUAAAAUAAGUUUUGGGGGAGGGGAUUCUCACUUCCAUAACAAGUGAAAUUUGAUUCCGCAUUCGUCAAUAACAGAAGUGAGAAGUAGCAUUCAGCAGGAAGGAAACACAACGCUCCAUAGUAAUUGCUUCUGCUUCAGGACACAACGAAAAGGAGCCAACAUGGAUUAUUUAGAAUAUGAUGAUUACACUCCAGGCAAUGAAACUGAGAACAUCAACAUCACAACAGAAGUAACUUUUAGAGGUUCCAAGUCAUCUCUGUCUCACGUUCUGGUAGCAUUCAACAUCAUUAUACUGGUCGUUGGCCUUGGAGGAAAUUCAUUAGUGAUAUGGAUUUGCGGAUGGAAGAUGAAAAGAACCGUCACCACCACCUGGUACACCAGUCUCGCCAUUUCAGACUUUUUGUUCUGCGCCUUUUUGCCCCUGGAAGUAUUCUACAUGAUCACCUCACACUGGCCAUUCGGACUCUUUUUGUGCAAGCUCACCUCCUCCGCCCUUUUUCUCAACAUGUACAGCAAUGUGUUUCUGUUGGUCCUAAUCAGCGCUGAUCGCUGUGUGAUGAUUUAUUUCCCCGUGUGGUCACACAACCACCGGACAGUGAGGAAAGCAUUGGGAGGUAUCGCACUCGUGUGGUUCCUUUCUGCCCUCCUAACGUUGCCCUCGUUAAUCUUCAGACAAACCACAGCCCACGGCUUGGUCACGCAGUGCUUCACCAGCUACGCGGGCCAUUCCACGCACAAGGCCGUGGUCGUGACACGGUUCGUCUGCGGAUUCCUUAUUCCUUUCCUAGUGAUCGUGUUCUGCAGCUCGACGCUCUGUGUGAAGCUGAGAAGAUUGACCAUUAAGUCGUCAAAGCCUUACAAAGUCAUGGCGGCGCUCAUCUUGUCAUUUUUCUUCUGCUGGGUCCCUUAUCACAGCUUUGUUCUUUUAGAGUCAGACGUGAAGAACCACAGCCUGGACCUACUUCAAACCGGCCUAAAGGUGGGUGCCACCCUGGCUGCGGCAAACAGCUUCGUAUCCCCGAUUCUCUAUGUGUUCAUUGGUAAUGACUUUAAACAAGUCCUAAAGCGGUCUUUGACGUCAAGGAUGGAAGAGGCAAUGGCGGAGGAUUUACGGACAAUUGGUCUCAGUCGUUCAAAGUCUAAAUCAGUGGAAAUGAUCUAAAAUGAAGUUGAAACCUUUUGUCAUCAGUGACAAGGAGUGUUUCACAGUACAGAACAUGAUGACCGUAACUUUGUGUACUGUAUGUCCAUGUAUCAAUGAUUUAUAUAUAAUGGUGACAUAAUCUCAUUCAUGUUUUACACAGUAUCAAAAUUGCACAACACAAUGUCCAUAUUUUGUCAUUUUGACAGUGUUGGUCUUAUCUGUCUUGUUGUCCAUUGUCUAACUGUCUGCUGCUGCACCAACCGCCAAGUCAAAUUCCUUGUAUGUCCGACAUAUUUUGGUAAUACAUGUUUCCUGAUUAGCCACAUGUAAUACCUUUUAAAAUGUAGCUUCUUUUAUGUUUCAUUAUUUUGUAUGCUUGAAAUGCGACCUGGUGGAAGAGUAAAGCCAGCUAUUUUGGAUCAAAUUUAAUUACCCUGUGAACUAAAACACAAAACCUGGAAUGCCCUUUUUUUUACAUCAACAAUAUCUCAAUCAUGUAAUCAGUAAUUGAUGCAUUUUCAAAAACAAACAAACAAAUGAAUGAUGUACUCUGUUACAAUUGUAUUUAUUAUUGUUAAGUAAAACUUUCCUUUUAUUAAAUACAGCCCUACUAUCAAACAA